GUUGUUGUUGUUGUUCAAUAUGGGUGAUAGUAUCGGCAGUUCAAUGAGUGACAAAUUUAAACGGUUGUCCUUAACAUCGAGCAGAGCUCAAGAGUCGGACAUUAUGUCCGUACAAUUGAGCCAACAGUUCACCAAAAUACCCGUACGGCCGGAGCUGUUGCUGCACGAGUCUGCCAUCAAAAACGAUGUCCAUACCUGCAAAAAACUUAUUGAAGCCAAAGUGGAUAUCAAUAGCAAAACUCAUAUGGAAAGGACGCCAAUUCAUUGGGCUAUUUGUCAUCAAAAUGUAGACAUUGUAUUAUUAUUACUUCAAGCAAAUUGUGAUAUCGAGGCAUUUGAUAAGCUCGGUAUGAGACCUGUGAUGAUGGCCGCAAUGGUUGGCAAUAAUCAAAUUGUUGAACUAUUAGUUAAAACUGGAUGCAAUUGUAGGGUUGUGAAUAAAAAAGAUUAUACUGUACUCCACUGUGCCGUAAAACAUGAUCAGUCAGAGAUUGUCAUGUAUUUACUCGACAAUGUUAAGGAUCUGGAUAUCAAUGCAAUCGAUAAAUUAGGUCAAACUAGUUUACAUAUGGCAUCGAUUAAUAACAAUCUGGAAGUCGUCGACAAAUUAAUAUCAUGCGGUGCUGAUCUCAAUAUCAAAGAUAAACAAGGCAGACAUGCAGGACAUUGGGCCGCCUUUAAAGGACACGACGAAGUGCUCACCGCUCUUAUCAAGUCUGGCAUCGAAAUCGAUGAUAGAGAUGACGACGGAAAGACAGCAUUGCAUUUGGCGGCAGAGUAUGGUUUUAGAGAUGCCUCACAAACAUUAAUACAACAUAACUGUGAUAUUUUUGCAACCGAUUCUAAGGGACGGUCAGCUCUGAUGAUUGCCUCAGCCCUGGGCUAUGUUGAUGUUGUGGCACUAUUAGUAUCAUACGGUGCUGUUCUCAACAGUAAAGACAAGAACGGAAAUACUGCCCUUCAUUUAUGUGUUUUGGGAAAUCAUGUUAAGAUGACACAGUUUCUCAUCGAUAAAGGAGCUCAAAUCAAUUCACUAAACAAUAGAUUGCAGACACCAUUAGUGGUGGCGGCAGAGAUCGGUCACACAGAAGUGGCCGAAAUAUUAAUCAAAAACGGUGCGGAUCUCGACGUCCAGGAAAAGAGCGGAAGGACUGCAUUAUAUGUGGCGUCGAGAGGAAGCUUUCAGGCGAUCGUCGAUAUGCUUAUUAAAGCCGAAAGAGAAAAGUUUUUCAAACUAAACCAAAAACCGCAUCAAUCGGGCAAUCAAUGCAACGAUCGGCUCAACAAUUGUCGAAAAGAGACCUUUGAUUCCGACGAUUGUACUGAUAUCGACUCAAACCAUUGCGGACACGAAAUCAAUCACAACAUAUCAUUGAAUCAGUUCAAGAAAAUCCUUUGGAAUCUAUCGCGCAAUCACUUAGAAGUUAAUGACUGGAAACGGUUGGCCAAGAUUUGGGAUUUUACUGAGGAUCAGAUGAAAGCUAUUGAACAUCAAUACACUGGAAAGACUAGUUAUAAGGAUCAUUGCUAUCGGAUGAUGGUUAUAUGGUUGCACAGUCUACCGGCCUCUAAGAACCCGCUCCAUGAGCUCUAUGACGCUCUAUGCGCUAUCAACAGGAGAGAAGUGGCCGAAAAAGUACGAAAGAAAGCCGAAGAGGGAAACAUUUUUCGGUCGCAACGGUUCGGGUGUCACUGUUUGCCGGGAAUGCCGGCCAAUCUGUGCCAUUAUUGUUGCAUAUCUUAA